GGACGUUAUGAAUAUUUAACCACAUCUAUCGCACUGUUAUGGACACUCUUCGCUUUUAACUCAGCCAGAGAGAGAAUAUUUGAGCUCGCCAUCUUUCUCUUCUGGUUUCUAAGUAUCCUCCUCCUAUCCUCCUAUAGUCAGAAAUCUGCCGUCAUGGCUUUAUCGCGGUUGGAGAAAACACUCAUAUUCGUGACCACAGUGCUUUCGGUAUUUGCUAUAGUAUUUGUAGUCUUGUUUGCUGUGGAAGUAUCAGAGAAAGCGAAGACCACGACUGCUCCUAUCGAGGUGUGCACAAGUCAGGGUUGUAUCACCGCAGCUUCAGAGCUGCUCAACUCGAUCGACAGGACUAUCAAGCCUUGUGAUGAUUUUUACCUGUAUGCCUGUGGUGGGUGGAUGAAAAGAAACCCUAUCCCUAGCGGGCAGAAAUCAUGGGACGUCAGCUCUAAGUUGAAGGCGGAAAUCGACGCGUUCAUGAAAGAGAAUAUCGUGAACCUCGAGACGCGAGCCCGCUACUCAAAGAUAUCUGCUGUGACAAAGGGAUUGAAGUUUUACGAUGCUUGCCUCAACACCAAUCUAACCGAGAGUAGUGCUUUCGCGCAGAAACUUAUCUCAGAUUACGGGUCGUGCGCAGCUUUGUCUUCCACCUGGACGCCGUCUGGCUGGAACUUGACGAUAACGCUGACCAAGCUGAUAAAAGAGCUGGGUAUCUCUGGCCUUUUCAAGUUUGGCGUGGAACUGGACCAGCGCAACACAAGUACAUAUACUAUCACGAUUUCAGAACCAAGUUUUCGACUGAGUCGAGCAGACCUCAAAGCCGCAGAUCCAACAGUGAGGAACGCAUACCGCACCUACAUAACAGCGAUUCUGAGUGCUGUCAACAGUAGCGUGUCUGCCGCGGAUAUCGAUGAAAUCAUCGCCUUCGAACAACAAAUCGCUAAUAUCAUGGACUCGUCUGGCUAUGCGCCACUUUAUGAUCGAAUCACCUUAAACGAAUUUGUCACGCGCGUGGGGACCGAGCAGGUCAACUGGUCCAACCUUUUGCGAGGAGUAUUCUCAGAUGUUGGUUACGUCGUGGGUGAUUCCACUACAGUAGUAGUACAUGGAAUGCCUUUCCUCAAAAGCCUGAUGUCACUUAUACAGUCCACGCCCAAAAGAACGUUGGCUAAUUUCCUGGUAUGGCAGAUUCUCGACUUGUUUUCCGUGGACUUCGGUAGAAGCAACAUCGCGGCUUACAACGCGCUCAUGACAGCGCUUGGCAAGGGUUCGGAGUACUCCGCACUCAGGAGGAGCGACUUUUGCUACAACAGAGCCAUGGAUAUUAAUGCGUUCGGCAUGCCUCUCUCAAGGAUUUUUAUCGAUAAGAAGUUCUCGGAGGCCGAUAAGAAAUGGAUCGAGAAUAUGGCUGAGCGCAUCAAGACAGUUUUUUUGGAUAAGUUGCAGUCUAACACUUGGAUGGACGACGAUACUAAAUCAGCUGCCGCCCAAAAGGCAAAGGUAACAACUGCAAGCAUUGGAUACCCACCGUACCUCAAAGAUGAUACCGAAUUAGAUAACAAGUUUAGUGAUGUUACUGUGGAUGUGAGCAAGUACUUUGACAGCUCGGUUUCGCUGCAAAAGUCCUUCAAUAAGAAGAAUCUGGCAAGAGUAGGGAAAGUCAAAGACCGUGACCAGUUAGCUAUGACGCCCGUCAAAGUCAACGCUUAUUACGAAGACAGCUUCACCAGAGUAGUUUUCCCAGCUGCUCAGCUUCAGCCACCGUUCUACGACGGUAACUACACCGGGGCCGUGAACUAUGGGGCUAUCGGUAGCACAGUCGGGCAUGAGUUACUCCAUGGCUUUGACAAUGCAGGGAAAGACUUUGACCAGCAUGGUAACCGCGCCUCUUGGUGGACCGCUGACACGCUUUCGAAGUUCACAGAAAAGGCCCAAUGCCUCGUGAAUCAGUACAACUCAUAUUCUUACUAUGGAGAGCAGGUAAAAGGAUCAGACAGUCUGUCGGAAAACAUCGCUGAUAACUCAGGAAUGAUGCAAGCACACGAGGCAUAUAAUGCAUGGAAGAAGGAGUACGGGUUCGAGCCGCGUCUUCCCGGGACAAGCUUCUCAAGUGAUCAAAUUUUCUUUCUAAGCUUCGCUCAGAGUUGGUGCGCUAUCAUUACGGAAGAGGAGGCAAAAGCUGGUUUUGCUAACUACAGCCCAACACCAUGGCGUGUGAAUGGCACUUUGCGAAACUCCGCUGCGUUUGCUAAAGCUUUCGACUGCACAGUAGGAUCACCGAUGAACCCGACCGCAAAGUGCGCCGUCUGGUAGCGUUCUCCUUUCUAGCACUUGCAAAUCAUGAGCGACUGUUACCAUGAUGAGGAAAGGAGGAGAGCUGAGGUAUGGAUGUUUGUGUCAACUGUGAGGUAGAAAAGUUGAUGUGUCUUUUCAGUUUGUCGUACACGUUCCAGAUAUAAUUUUAUGUUUUAUGAAGAAGAACUUUCCAAAAAGGAUGCUGUAACUUGUAGUCAAAGUCAAGUCAAUGUCAAGUUGUAGCAACUACAAAAUAUCACCAUUUCAAGUCUUUGAAGCAGUCGGUUAGUGUCACUUAGCAUUUGAUUAUAAUUGACAAUUACGAAAUAAACGUGCAAUAAACGGGGAUAGUAUAAUACAA